GGUAGAGCAGCAAAUCUCGCUCUGACUUGCAACAAACCAAAGUCGCAUGACUCCCUAACGUUGCCUCACAGGAGCCUUAUUUACGUGUCGACGACAAACUGAAGCAGUUUCAGACGGAGCUACGGAGGCUCGCUGGACUGAAUUAUUUCUCAAACAGCCGCUGUCUCACUAACGGAAGAGAUUUUUUUUUUAUUUAUUUAUUUUUUUUGCACAGUCACUGACAGAGACGGGACUAUCCUUCAAAUCACAGUAAACAUCACUGUUAAACUUUCAGAGGACCGUCCUUUGGGCCUGCAGGAGGACACCUGAAUCCAGCCGAAUGAACAGAGCGACUGCAAAGCAUCUAAUUGAGCGCUACUUUCAGCAGUUAACUGAAGGCUGUGGAAAUGGCAACUGCACGAAUGAGUUUUGCGCAUCGUGUUGUGAUUUUCGACCUUUGGAUAACAAUUCAGCAGCUGCCAAAGCGCUUGAGCUGUUUAAGAUUAAUGCCAAACUCUGUCCUCACCCCUCCAAGAGAGAAUCCUAUCCAGACUCCAGUGCUGAGGAAAACACGCAACUGGACAAUAAGAUGAGUGAUAUGGACCUUAGUCCCAACAAGGAGGACAUCUCAGAUGUUCAUUACCUCACAGAGAACACUGUGUGUAUGAUCCUGAGUUCCUGCGAGGAGGAAGGGGACUACUCCGCUCUCAUCCGCAUCAUCGGCAAGGUUUUCUCCAAUUCAGAAGCCCUGGUGAAGAGUUUUAGGAAGGAUGAACCGAACCGUACAAAAAACCUGGACUCUUUCACACCAACAGAUGAUAAGCAGAGUGAGCAACCCUCGGAGAAGAUGGGUGCCUCCUCUGCAGCUUCGUUACCGGAUGAGUCUCCCACUGAAAUGUUAGACCCCUGUGAGGUUACUGUGGACAUCAACGCCGUGAGGAGAGUCUACGACAAACUUCUAUCCAUCGAGCAGGUGGAGGCAGCUCUUGUGAACGCACUCGUUUACCUCACCCCAAAUAUGGAACUUGACCUGGACUACCUCGAUGUGUACGAAACAAACCCCGAUUACCUGAACAUUUUCAUCAUCGUGAUGGAGAACAGUAACCUUCACAGUCCAGAGUACCUUGAAGUGGCGAUGCCACAGUUCUGCAAGGCAAUGAGCAAACUGCCCGUGACUGCACUCGCAAGACUGUCAAAGCUCUGGUCAUCGUACGGUCUCCGACACAUCCGCCGUAUAAUGGAGACCUUCCAACAGCUCAUCACUUUCACAGUCAUCAGCAACGACUAUGACGGUGAAAAUCUGGUGAAUGACGACGAGACUGUGGUGGCUGCAACCCAGUGUUUAAAGGUCGUCUUCUAUGCAAGUAUCCUUGGCGGUGAAGUGGAUGUCGAGCACAAUGAGGAGGAUGAGGAUGACUCCGAGUCCGAUGAGCUCACCCUGCAUGAGCUGCUAGGUGAGGAGCGGCUCUAUAAGAAGGGACCUCGGGUCGAUCCUCUGGAGAAAGAACUGGGAGUUCGGCCUGUAGACUGCAUAAAACCCCUCAUCCCCUUUGAGGAUUUUAUUAACGAGUCAGUGAACGACGUAGUGGAGAUGGACAAAGAUUUCACCUUCUUCAAGGUCAAUGCCGAGACUAAGUUUUCUUUUCAGAGCUGCCCCUUCAUCCUCAACGUCAUCACCAAGAACCAAGGACUUUACUAUGACAACAGGAUCAGGAUGUACAGCGAGCGUCGCCUCACCGCCCUUUACAGCAUGGUUCAGGGCCAGCAGCCCAACCCCUAUCUCAAGCUCAAAGUUCGGAGAGAUCACAUCAUUGAUGACGCCCUCGUCAGGCUGGAGAUGAUCUCCAUGGAGAAUCCAUCCGACCUGAAGAAGCAGCUGUUUGUUGAGUUUGAGGGGGAGCAAGGCGUAGACGAAGGAGGAGUUUCAAAGGAGUUUUUUCAGUUGGUCCUGGAGGAAAUUUUCAAUCUCGACAUAGGAAUGUUCACGUAUGACGACGACACAAAACUUUUCUGGUUUAAUUCGUCCUCACUUGAGACCGAAGCUCAGUACACCCUCAUUGGAAUCGUCCUGGGGCUCGCCAUCUACAACAACUGCAUCCUGGACGUCCAUUUCCCCAUGGUUGUCUACAGGAAACUGUUGGGCAAGAGAGGGACCUACUUGGACCUGUCAGACUCACAUCCAGCUCUCUACCAAAGUCUGAAGAGAUUGCUUGAAUAUACUGGCAACGUGGAGGAAGACAUGACGCUCACCUUUCAGAUCUCACACACAGACCUGUUCGGGAACCCAAUAUUAUAUGACCUGAAGGAACAGGGAGACCAGAUCCCUGUUACCAAGGAGAACAGACAGGAGUUUGUGGACCUGUAUGCUGAGUACAUACUGAACAAGAGCAUGGAGCGACAGUUCAGAGCCUUUAAAAAAGGUUUCCUAAUGGUCACAAAUGAGUCCCCACUGAAAUACUUGUUUAGACCAGAGGAAGUAGAGCUGCUUAUCUGUGGAAGCAGGAAACUUGAUUUUGAAGCACUUGAAAAGACAACAGAGUACGAUGGAGGUUACAGCAAAGAUAGUCAAGUUAUCAAAGAUUUCUGGGAAACAAUUCACUCAUUUGGAGAGGAGCAGAAGAGGUUGUUUCUUCAGUUUACCACCGGUACAGACAGAGCACCAGUGGGCGGGCUCGGGAAAUUAAAAAUGAUCAUCGCCAAGAACGGCUCAGACACAGACAGGCUACCAACCUCUCACACCUGCUUUAAUGCUCUGCUGCUCCCAGAAUACUCCUCCAAAGAAAAACUGAAAGAGAGACUCCUCAAGGCCAUCACUUACGCCAAAGGAUUCGGGAUGCUGUGACAGAUCCACAAGGGAAAGUUUUUCUGACCACAUUUUAACAAAUUAAAAAAAAAAUUAAAAAAAGGGAGUAUGAUAAACACGCAGAGGGAAACGCCAUGAAACAAAAUGCUGCAGUAACCCGGUGCCUAACCAACCUCUACCAGUCAGACUCAACUGUCAGCCUUUCACUCUGAGGCCUCACUUCCUCUGAGAAUCACCUUCAUAUACAUUAGAUUUCCCCAAAGAGUUUUAACACGGCACUUCGAUUAGUUAAUUUUUUAUUUUCACGUGUGUUUUGUUUCCGAGCGAACAUUAAAAAAUGAAUUAGUGAAAACUGUGAAAGUGUACUUACACACAGGAUUUUAGUGAAUGCCAGCACAUGCAUUAUAUUUGUUGAUUUAGAUUGACUUGUUUUUGCCGUUAGUAGCAGUAAUCAGUCCUCAGGCCAUCUUUCCACCACUGAGUGGACUGGGCAUAAUGGUGCUUCUCGGUCAUGAUUGUCAUUGUGAUUAUAAUGAGGUGAAGCCUACUACUAACCCACACAGCCUCACUCACGAGCUUAUAUUUAAACUUCCCUGUUGGUGCGAAGACGAACUCACCUCUAACCUAAAGGUUAUUUUAAAGUAUUUCUGUGUUUUGUGCCUCUUGUGUUACAUUUUAAAUGAAUACUGUGUGUUGUGAAACGGUGAACCCCAGCAGACGGCGUGGUUUCGAUAGCUUGCAGGGUUUUUUCAGAAUGUGUUCACCGAUUGGUCGGUUCAGAUUUUCACAUCCUGAAAAAAGUUUUUUUUUUGUUUUUUUUUCUUCUUCUUCUUCUCUUUGUUUGCUGUAAAGUGUUGCUGAUUGCACAUGAGUAAGUGCAGUCCCCAUAUGUGCAAUGCCUGUAUGAGGAAAAAGAGUCACAUGAAAUGUUUUAUUUGGCCAAAUAUCUCAGGUACAUAAAGAAUGUGCAGAUAAUGUGAAACUCUUCUGUAAAGCAACAAUUAUGCAAGGUGAAUAAAGGUGAAAAAAAUCCAUAAACUUUGUCUAAAAUAUACAAUAAAGGAAUUUCUAUUAACAUCAUAUGAUUACAGAUA